AUGAGUAGUACCGGUGCCGGAUAUGAUUACUCGGCGGGUACGUUCUCACCUGAAGGCCGCAUUUUUCAGGUCGAAUACGCCAAGAAAGCCGUUGAGAACAGCGGCACAACAAUCGGUAUCAAGUGUACGGACGGUAUCAUCAUGGGAGUAGAGAAGACGCUAUUGAGUAAGAUGCUGGUGCCUGGUACGCACCGUCGAGUCUACGCCAUUGACCGUCACGUCGGUCUGUCUAUGGCGGGACUUGUGGCUGAUGGUCGUCAGCUCGUGAACCGCGCGCGCGAGGAGGCGCUUAACUACAAGAAGAAUUACGGCUCUGGUAUCCCACCCCACUUGCUAGCAGAGCGCAUGGGUCAGUUUGUACACUACUUCACGCUAUAUGGCUCCAUCCGGCCUUUUGGCACAGCUGUUAUGCUUGCUGGCUACGAUGAGGACACGAAAAAGUCCAGUCUCUACAUGGUAGAACCUUCGGGAGUCACCUACAGCUAUCGGGGUUGUGCUUUGGGCAAGGGCCAACAGUCGGCCAAGACAGAAAUUGAAAAGUACAAACUUUUUGACAUGACGUGCCGUGAAGCCAUGAAAUACGUUGCCAAGAUUCUCAUCACGCUGCACGAUGAGGUGCGUCACCCAUUCGAGCUGGAGCUAAGUUGGGUCUGCGAAGAGACGAACUGGCAACAUCAUCUGGUGCCGGACAACUUGCGCGACGAGGUGAACGAGUGGGCCGUCCAGUCUAUUAAGGAGGAUGAGAUGGCUGAUGACGACGAUGAUGACGAUGAGUAA